AUGAAGCGGAUUGCCAACCGACCUCAACCGUUCGAGCAGAUCGCGCUCGAGGCAGACACGCUGCCGCUGGGCGAGCUGUCGCCGCCGAUGCUGGUGCCUGCGACUGCGUACAUGGACUUUGAGUGCGGAACGUCGCCUUGGAUGGUCAUCCCAAUCACAGACAACGCCGUCGCAGCCAACGAGAGCAAGACCGCUGUCGUCGACGGGUUGACUCGUGUUGCUACUGCACCUGCACCUGUAGCAGCAGCAGGAGGGUGUCCAUCCAAGCGCCAAGAACCCUCCGUGGAGCCAAUGGUCGUUGCUGACGCGAGCACGAGCGGGACUGACGCGGAUGACGAAACCCCGCCGGGUCCACCUGGCGCAUGGAAGAGCAGCACAUGUUACCACGACUUUUACCAUGAGACAAUCAGCCAGGAGGAUUGGGCGGCAUUCUGGGCGACUGUCAACCAGCCACUCCCGUCGUCAUUCCGGAUCAACGCAUCCAAUCCAUCCAUCGCUCAGACGACAAGCGCCACCUUGAGCCAACGCUGCCAGCAAUUGCGCUCAAUGCUGGAGCAGGAAAAGGCGGAUUCAGCCAGAAUGCUGCGUGACCUGCCACAGCCCAUCUCGUGGUACCCGUUGCAUCCAGAGGUGUCUGAAGAGCCGCUGGCAUGGCGGCUAGCACUGUCGACACGAGGACUUGCGUCGUCUGUCCAGCACGAGCCUCUGCGCCAUUUCCUGAUGAACGCUGCCACCGACGGUGCCAUCGUCAGGCAGGAGGAAGUCUCCAUGAUCCCGCCACUGCUGUUGCAGGUAGAAUCGCACCACGCUGUGCUCGACAUGUGUGCUGCUCCUGGAAGCAAGACGACAGAAGUGCUGGACCUGUUGCUUCAGCACCACCACCAGACCUCGGCCACGUCCCCCAAUGUGCCCUCCAUUCCGACUGGCUUCGUGCUUGCCAAUGAUGCCGACUGCGAG